UCCGUGGCUUGCGGUUGCGAGACGCUAGGGGCUAUCUGCUAGCUGUUGGGUCCUCUUCCACUCAUGAUAGCCGGCGCUACGCUUCCUGAAUUGCGCAAUGGCUGCUUUUAGGGACAGCCGGUCGGGAAACAUUUUCACCUCUAAGGCUUGCCAGAGCGAGUCGAAGCCAAAUUCGUCGCCAUAUGUUAGCAGUGUCCGUCCGUCAACCCCGCAGUCACGGAGUUUGGCCUCAAGCGCGACGGGAUCUGAGAGUUUCUUGGCCGAAGGCGCUGUCCAAGAUUUAUUUGUAGUACAGAAUUCUUGCACCACUCUAUUUUCAUCCCAAAGAAAGGGAUCGGAGUCAUCGGAUGGAUCGUCGUCAGCCAUGGCUGUUGCGGGGUUGGAAUUGCUAACAGUCGACUCCCACACGACUGCCUGGUGAAAAUGGGACAAGCCCAGCCAGUAGCGGGGAUUGCCGGAGUGAAUGUGACCGUUUGAAUGACUUGAAGCUGUAAUGCUAGCAGGCGGUCAGCGUAUGAGAGGAAACCACGGGAUCU